CGCGAGCCGGCGGCGGGGCCCCCCGAUGCGGCCGCGAGGAGCAGCGCGGGGGGCAGGCGACCGAAGCCUCUCGGAGCGCCCUCUUGUGAUUAUGACGGCCCCUGUGUCCUUUCUGUGACGGGAGCAAUGCGGACCUCGGUUUCCUGGACCCAUUGCGACUCAGGAGCCUUCACGUAAAUGGGUCCAGUCAUGCCUCCCAGUAAGAAGCCAGAAAGCUCAGGAAUUAGUGUCCCCAGCGGACUGAGUCAGUGUUACCGGGGCAGCGGUUUCUCCAAGGCCCUUCAGGAAGACGAUGACCUCGACUUCUCCCUGCCCGACAUCAAACAGGAGGAGGGGGCCAUGGAAGAUGAGGAGCUGACCAACCUGAACUGGCUGCACGAGAGCAAGAACCUGCUGAAGAGCUUCGGGGAGCCGGUGCUGAGGAGCGUCAGCCCCGUGCAGGAGCUGGACGACGACACGCCCCCGUCCCCGGCCCGCUCCGACCUUCCCUACGAUGCCAGGCAGAACCCCAACUGCAAGCCGCCCUACUCCUUCAGCUGCCUCAUAUUCAUGGCCAUCGAGGACUCUCCGACCAAGCGCCUGCCAGUGAAGGAUAUUUACAACUGGAUCUUGGAACAUUUCCCGUAUUUUGCAAACGCGCCUACUGGGUGGAAGAACUCAGUGAGACAUAAUUUGUCGUUGAAUAAGUGUUUUAAGAAAGUGGACAAGGAGCGGAGUCAGAGUAUUGGGAAAGGGUCGUUGUGGUGCAUAGACCCAGAGUAUAGACAAAAUCUAAUUCAGGCUUUGAAAAAGACACCUUACCACCCACCCCCACAGGGGCUAAGCAGGCCCCCCAGCUCUCCUCAGGCAUAUCAAAGCACAUCAGGUCCACCUAUCUGGCCAGGCAGCACGUUCCUCAAGAGAAACGGAGCCCUUCUACAAGAUCCUGACAUUGAUGCUGCCAGUGCCAUGAUGCUUUUGAAUACUUCCCCUGAGAUACAAGCAGGUUUUCCCCCAGGAGUGAUACAGAAUGGAGCGCGGGUUCUGAGCCGAGGGCUGUUUCCUGGCGUCCGGCCACUGCCAAUCACUCCCAUUGGAAUGACAGCCGCCAUGAGGAACGGCGUCAGCGGCUGCCGGAUGCGGACUGAGAGCGAGCCAUCGUGCGGCUCCCCGGUGGUCAGCGGAGACCCCAAGGAAGAUCACAACUAUAGCAGUGCCAAGUCCUCCAACGCCCGGAGCACCUCGCCCGCCAGCGACUCCAUCUCCUCCUCCUCCUCCUCCUCUUCCUCCUCCUCCUCCUCCUCCUCGGCCGACGACCACUACGAGUUCGCCACGAAGGGGAACCAGGAGGGCAGCGAGGGCAGCGAAGGGAGCUUCCAGAGCCACGAAAGCCACAGCGACACCGAGGAGGACGACCGGAAGCCCAGCCAGAAGGAGGUCAAGGACGCCCUCGGGGACAGCGGGUACGCAUCCCAGCACAAGAAGCGCCAGCACGUCGCCAAGACCAGGAAGGUCCCCAGCGACACGCUGCCCCUCAAAAAGAGACGCACGGAAAAGCCGCCCGAGAGCGACGAUGAGGAAAUGAAGGAGGCGGCCGGGUCGCUCCUGCACCUGGCGGGGAUUAGGUCCUGUUUGAACAACAUCACCAAUCGGACGGCAAAGGGGCAGAAGGAGCAAAAGGAAACCACAAAAAAUUGAAAACAAGUCACUGAUUUGUUUUGAACUUACGGCCAUUUGGUUUCAGCAUGUCAGGAGAUUUGUAAUGAUUUGUGGCAAUAUCAGUAACUUUUUUUUUUUUUUUUUUUUGGGUUUGGUUUUCUUUCUUUUCUUUUCUUCUUCUUCUUUUUUUUUUUUUUUAAUUUGCCCCCUUUCCUUUAUUUUGGACCCUUAAGAAUUUUAUUUUUAAAGGAGAUUGAAGCCAUAGAACUCAUGUUGACACUCAGCCGUUUUACAAAAGCUUUUCAUUAUCUGAAGACAAAACCGAAAAAGCCAACAUUACCAUUGCUUCCUCCAGCUUGUCAGAGACGUGUGGCUAAAUCCCCAGGGAUGUCCACAGCGAUGCCGCGGGAUUCACACGCGCGGCACGCAGAAGGCACGUGUGCAAAGCGACCAGCGUGCAGGCCCAACCCUCAGGUUGAAAGAGUCAGGUCGCCCACCCAGCUGGGCUCACUGAGUAGCAGAAAGGAACGCGAUUAGGAAGAAGGACGACCCGUACCCGUGGCCCUGGGCAUGCCGUUGUGCCAGGAGGGCCCUUGGCGUUGCCACGCAGUGCGCACGGGGCCUCGGCCUCUGGUCCUGUGCGCCUCGUGACCAUGAAGCCUGGAGGCAGCUCGCUUGGUGGACACUGACGGAACCGGUCAGAUCCGUCAGGUGUCAGCGACUGAGAGAGGAAACCGGGUGCGUCUGUAGGGAAGCUGCUAAUCUUUGAAUUCUACUCUAGAGUCAAUUAAGAAAAAGUUCCAAAAGCCAUGAGCCUGAAGGUGGGCCCUGGGCACACACACACAACACAAACACAAACACACAAGACGCAACACGCAGAAUGAGAGUGAGAAGGAAACACGCAAAAAGUAAGCUGUGUCUUAAGCGCCCGAGGGAAGAGCGGUCUCGGGCGGUCACGAAAGCACAGUAGCUGUUAAGGAAAUAAUGGUACAGCUCUUUUUCUGUCAAAACCAUUUGAUCCAAGUGGGCAAAACAAAACAAAACAGAAAGCUCCAGAACCUGCCAUUCGUAUUGUGUAUUUUUUUAAAAGAGUAAAGGCACAUUGACAGACAAAGCAAAACAAACAAACAAAAAAAGUGGCAAAAAAAUCAACUCAAAUAAAGUAACCCCCAUUCUGCCCUCCAAAUGGGGUUUGCAAAUCAAUGUCAGGUUCAUCUUUGCAAAAAUCAGUGGUUUCCACAUUCAGCCAGUGUAGCCGGCAGACGUUUCUGAUCCACCAUGCAUGGAUUCCUUUGAAGAAAAAAGAAAAAAGAAAAAAAAAUCACGAAAACAAACAUUUUUUUUUAUUCAAAAAUAACAAAGUUCUUGUACGGUAAAUAAUGUAUUUAGCAUGACGCAUGAAUUAUUUUCAUAUAAAUAGAGAAAAUAGAGAAAAGACUAUGCCUCUAAUUUUUACGCCCUUAGGCUCAGAGGUUAUUUUGGUUUUCUUCUUUUCUUUCUUUUUUCUUUCACUUUUUGUUGGUUUUGUUUUUGUUUUUGUUUUUUGUUUUUCCUUUCUGGGUUAUUUUGUUUUGGUUUUUUGAAGCAGGUGUUUAAGGUUUAACCUUCUUCAGGGACAAAUUCUGACUGUUGGGGAACUUACUCUGCAAUAUAAAAAUAUCUUCAUGCUCUGGUAGGGGCUUGGAUGGUUGAACUCUCUACUGCCUUGUGUGCACUCAGCCCCCGACCCCUCCGGUUCUCUGUUGAAAAGUGUGUCCUUUCUCUGUCUGUUCGUGUUUCACAUGACGCAAUAAUCUGAGGGCAAACUUAGUAGUGAGUGUGUAUGAUAGAAUCAAGAGUAGCAUGGGACGCUGACUUGAGAAAAAUCAUUGCCGUGAUUCGGUUCUAGGGACAAAGGCAGUGAAUCAUUAUGCAAAUUUGCCAGGAGAAGGGGCAACCUGCUAGUGGGCCUUAUUUGGGUGAGGGUAGGAGAUGGGGUACGUGUGACGGAGGAAGCGAGACCGAGGGGUGAGGACGGCCGGCUGUGUGGCGGCAGCGCCAUUUCGCAGGAAGAAAGGCCGGCCGGCCUGUCCACCGCCCGAGCGCAUCAACCAGCCAGGAAUUAAGACCACGAGAUUUCGAGAGCUGAAUGUAGACAACCACAUGGUGUCACGUAGGCCAGAAACCCUGUCAUCUUUGCCUGGAAAAUCAGACAUUGAGCAGAGAGAUCCAAAGAGAAACCUGUCGAUGAAUAUGAUCUUCCAUCCAAACGGAUGGCAGCUCUGAAGCAAAAACACCCACUCGGGUGGGGUCCGGUGGUGGGGGCGCGGGAGGAGGCUGUGGAGAUCCCAGACUCUCUCCAUGGGGCAGUUGUGGGCCCACGCCGAGCCAGCAGCCAGCACAGUGCGAAUCCACAGGGCGUUGCCACUUGCAUCUUCCUUUGGUUGCUGAGGAGAGAACGGGGGAGGGUCCUUCCCACGCCUGAGGACGUGCAGCGUCUUGGUUGAGGGUGUGGGUGGGAACCCAGAUGCACUUUGGUAGUGCUCUGCUCCCUCCCUCGACCCGAACAUCUGACACCCCAAAGGCCAUUCGGUCCACAGCCGUGGGACCUGAGCAGCACUUACCUGUGCUGCCACCUGACCCAGCCCAAAGACCACCGCCUCAACCCCCACCUCCCCGCCCCCGCCACGGUGAGGAAAUGCCGACUUCUCUCUCCUGGAAGGCAGGGCUGUUUCUGGCAGGGGGCUUCUCCCAGUGAAACCCCCCGCAGUGGGCUGUCUCCCCUCAUUUCAUUUUUCUAAAGGGGCGAAGGCUUCUUUUAGAAAAUAAUAAAAUGCAAUGUGUGUGAUUUACUUUUCUGAUCUCUUUGAGAAAAUAGAUGAAUAUCUUAUAAAGUGUGUUCUUAACUCCAGAACUACUCUUUUUGCAUAAAUACCUCAUCGGGCAGCUUUCUAAGUAUUUUCCUGAGUCUCCCGUGGCACCUUCGUGGGAUGUGCUUGGAAGACGUGUUGGGGAAACUUUAGUGAGGGGACUUUUUCUAUUUUUCUUCUGUUUUUGGAGGCAUACACAUUAUGCAUAACCAAAACAAUGGCUCAAUUGUGUUGAACUUUGUAUUUUGAUUGUUGCGAAGAAACAAGCAGUAUCCAUGUGUAUGUGGCUGUUUGUAGCAUUCAUUGCGGAAUGAGGUGUCCACGUCCGUAACAAGCCAAGGGGCAGGAGGCACCCUCUCUUAUCCCCUCCUCCAAGAGCAGUAGACAAUUUAAGCACAAGCCUAUUUGUGAAAGAAUAUUUUGCUUAAGUGUCAUUCACUUUAGUCUUGGAAUUCGUUCCCAAGCGUCAGGUGUUCUUUUAGCUUCCAAACUAGCACAUUGUAUCCAUUAGUCUAACCGAUCGCCCAAGUACCGUUAAGGGGUGGGCCGCUCUGGCUGCGUUUCUCCUGCUGGGAGAAGUAGUGGUUCGUGUGUCAUUCCAGUAUCUCAUACUCACCUGGGGCGGGGGGAGGGGAAGUGGGGAACUAUAGCAAUAUUUAAAGAUGCUUUGGAAAAACAACACAUCAGCACCAUGACAUCUACAGCUACUUGCUAUUGGGCCCUCGGACACAUGUAAGAGAAAUCUUACAUCUUAAAUGAUAUACACAUAGACAGUUUAUUUUUAUCCUACUAUGAUUGUCUUUUAUCUUUAUCUAGUACUCUGUGGCAAGCGUUGGCAUCGUAGGUUUUUCCCAGCCUUAUGUCAUAAGCUCCUAUUUCCCUACCCUCUCUCGAUCAGCAUGCUCUCAAGAGUCCAUUGGUGAAGCUGUGUAUCUGGAAGGAAAGUGAACCAAGCCCACGUGUGGAUGUUGGUUUGAGAGAGCCACGGCCAAGACAGCUGUGGCAGGCUUUCCACCUUGGGGCUGAGUUUUUAAGGGAUGUGCUUGGAGGCCUUUCCCAAGAAUGGACGUUCCUUGUGUCCGGUGCUUGCUGGCCACAGCCGUUAACCGCCAUGGGACAUUCUGGGAAGAGGCCAUGGUGUUGACUAGUGCCCCCUCCUGAGGGACGGCUCCUGUAGCGUGAACACUGUGCAGAUGGCUCCUGUGUCCAGCCCAGAGUCCUACAACAUAUCAGGAUUUCUCAGUGCCAAGCGCUACCGACUCCAGGUUCAAUUACUCCGCUCCACCUGAGCAGGUCUCUCUCCGACCUCUCACUGAAGGGCUCGUUCUGCAGGAACCAGAGUUACGUACAAGUGACCUAAACGAGAGGGUUUUCCAUAUGAGAUUGGAUUAAAUUCAAUGUGACUUCUCCUUCCCUUUCGACUUUAUUCAGGUUGGGACUCGUUUCUUUCUGGUGGAUCACAGCUGCCCAGAUGUUGUGAUUGAUUUUUAUGUUUCUGUAGAGAAGUAUUUUUCUUUCCUCUUCAGGAUUUUUGCCACCAAAAGAAAACAUCGGAACUCUGUGUCCCCCUCUUGACCGUGACCUAACCAGUGUUGACAGUUGAGUCCUUAGUGUCGUAGGUCCCAGCCCACCAAUACUAUAUCAAACACUGUUAUGCACAUAACACAGCACUGUGACCUAAUUUAAAUAAUACUUUUUUAUUAUUUAUACUACUAUAUAUACUAUACAUCAACACUUUUUGCUAUAUAACCUAAGUGAUAACCCUCUUUUAGUUAUCUGCCAAACUCUGGACUUUGGUUUCUUAAUGCAGUUAACACAGUUACGAAGUUGUAAUGGUGUCUUUCUCUCCCUUUGUAAUGGGAUGUGUAAAUCAAAGUAUAUACAUUGUGUGGUGUUCUUGUUUCUGGAGAUUCCUGAGGAUGUACACACGGCAUUCGGUGUUCUGUGGAGAUCCGCCCACCUUUGUGAAUUCACCUGCGAAGCUCUCUUCCUCUGAGAGAGCACCAGCGAUGGUGGUUAACUCCCAUUCAUUUUCAUUCUCUCUCUCUCUCUCUCUCUCUCUCUCUCACUCAUGCUGGUUAUUCUUGAAUUAAGCGCAGAUUCAUCAGCUCGGUUGCUUUAUCAUGAAUAAUGUGUGUGACCCUGCAAUUCUUCCACAGUUCAGCAAACAAGUGCUAGCUUCACUGACCAAAAAUUACGGAAGGAAAACACAAUUUGUUUAAACAGUCCAUCUUUGAAUGGCCGAAACCGAUGUGUCUAUGGUGCUGCGUCUUGCUGUGGGGUUUCUGAAAUCACACCAUUUCUGACUUACGGCGAGAUGCUCACAAGUACCCUUCCUGUUGUUCUGUUAGCAUUGAAAUCUAUUUAUUUGGAAUCUAUACAACAGUGUGGUUCCACUGUAUUUCAUUUGCAAAAGCGGGGAACAGCCAUGUCCACCUUUUGCAAAUAAUUGAUACUCCAUAUUGGAUUCUCAAAGACUUCGAUAUGGCGAACCCAUCAAACCUAGAAGCCCUAUUCCAUCCUCUCAUGACUGGCCUGAGCUCCCCAGCCCCUUCCGCCUCUCGUUAGAUGAACCUUAGCACCCUAUCAGUUAUUGAAGCUUUCGGCAUUUCUGGAGGAUGUGUCGUUGAGACCAUCUGAGCUCAUGGCUGCUGCAGUAACCAGUUUCCUGCUGUGUCAUCACACUCACUACUUACACUGCCAUGGUGAACAUGUGGAGGAAGAACAGUCUCUGUGUGUCUGGGAAGCAUAUACACUUGUACAUUUUUUAUACUCUGAUUCUGUAACAUUUCUUGAGUUUUGUUUUUGCUUUACAGAAAAAAAAAAAAAAAAGACAGUGAUAAAGCAAUCAGAAGACCAAGAGGUUUACUCUUGAUGCUUAGGGUCAUCUGACGUUUCCUGGCCAAUAGACCUAAAUGGCCAAAUUAAUUUACAGGAGUAAUAAUUUUUCAAAAGCCAAUUUUUUUUUUCUGUAUGAAACUGCCAAUAUCAUGAAUAGAAAGGGAGAACCAUCAAGGAGAAAGAACGUGACGUUCAUUUGUGUUUGUGUUAACCUAAAGCAGCAGUGUGGAGACAGACGCCAGCAGCUGAACCUAGGGACUUGGUGGCGCUGCUUCGGAGGCGUCCAUACUCGCAUCUUGCAUUCUUCAUGUGUAAUCAUAUUGCCAAAGACAAACUAUUUCAUCAUUUAUUGUAAAUAACACUUCCCCCCAGACCUACCAUAAAGUUUCUGUGAUGUAUUGUCUUCCAGUUGCAAUAAAAAUUACUGAGUUGCAUCAAUGAAGAGAAGCACCACGUAGUAUUGUGUGCAGUGUGUCUCCCUAUGCAGAUGCUGAGCAGUAAAAAUCAUUUAUCGUUCGG